AUGGACGGGUCGCCCCUCGAUGUCAGCCAAACCCAGCUGGCUAAAUCAGCCCCCGACGUUGUGCGCUUGGGCAUUGAUAUUGGUAUAUCGUCUAUCAAGCUAGCUUGGCUCGAGUGUGGCUCCACUCCAAACGAUGCAUCUGCCCAUCUCACCUUUGCAAGCUUCGACGCGGCCCAUGUUGAUGAGUGUCUUGAGUUUAUAAAGAAGUUUGUCGAGAAGCAGCGACUUCACAAAAAUGCUCAGUCCCCAGCCGUCACUAUUGCAGUGGUUGGAAAGCGCGCAUUGGAGUUUCAACCUAGACUCCACGGCAUACCAGGUGUCACGUUGCGCGUCGAGGAUGAGUUCGACUGCCAAGCAACUGGUGUUGGAUUCCUCAUGAACGAAGUACCGAAGACAGUGUUCAGGUACUGCGAGGACACCUUUAGGAAGUAUGAUCCAUCUCGACCUCCCCCCUAUCCCUAUCUUUUGGUCAACAUUGGAUCGGGAGUGGCCUUUCUCAAAGUAUCCGAUGAGAAUACAUGCGACCAAGUCGGAGGAACAUCCCUCGGCGGUGGGACCCUUACCGGUCUGCUGUCGAUCCUUACCAACACGCUUAGCUUCGACGAAAUGCUCGACCGAGCUGAGCAGGGAGAUAAUGCAAAGGUCGACAAGCUCAUCGGAGACAUAUACGGCACAGACUACAACGGAAUUGGCAUGAAAAAGACGGCCAUUGCAUCUUCAUUUGGAAAGGUGUUCAACAUGCGACGUGUAGAGGAACCUGAACACAACCCGAGCGGAGGAGUUGAGUCAGAGACCAACCCCAACCAGUCUUUAUCUGAUGCCCAUAACAUCCCAGAGGCAGAUGUCUGCCGUUCGUUGGUUUUCGCCAUCUUCAACAACAUUGGCCAGCUCUCAAAUCUCCACUCUGAACUCCAUAACAUCACAGACGUCUACUUUGGAGGGCCGUUCAUUCGAGGCCAUCAUCAGACGAUACAGACGCUCAACAUUGCCCUGAACUAUUAUUCCAAGGGGCAGAAGCGAGCCUACUUUCUAACACACGAAGAUUCCAUUGGUGCAAUUGGUGCAUUUCUCAAAACCUAG